GUCUCCUAGGACAACGCGGCCCACUGCUUGCGAGUAGGCGGUGCGGAGCUGGCUCGGCGGCAUGCGCCGGACUCCCGCCUCAUCCUUGCCGCUGGCGAGCCCCGAGUACUACGAGAGGCUGGGCCACCUCCAGCACGGGCUGCGGGACAGUGAGAAGAAGAGAUUGGACCUGGAAAAGAAGCUAUAUGAAUAUAAUCAGUCUGAUACCUGCAGGGAGAAGCUGAAGUAUGUGAAACUAAAGAAAUACCUCAAGGAAAUAUGCGAAGCUGAGCGGAGGGCUCAGACUCGAAACAAAGAGUAUCUAAAGCAGUGUGAACGUGUGCAAGCUCACGUUGGACAGUUUACCACAAACACAAAGAAGCUCCAAGAACUGAAGAUUGAAUAUGAGACUCAGAUUAAGAAGAUGCAGCUACUGUCAAAAGACAGCCCGGAAAUAAAAGGUGAACUGAAAGAUCAAGACAGCAGAAAGGUUGCACAACAGGCAGGAAUUAACUUGGGGACCGCCAUGUCAAGAGGACUGUAUCAACCAGCAACAAUCUUUAUGGGCCGCCAAAUGUCAGCCGUCUCAAGCAUUGGAGGUUUCAGUGUAGAGCAGAAAUCUCCCCAGCCCACAAAGAACUUUUCAAUUCCUGACCCACAUUCACUUGCACAGACAGCCCAGAGCAGUGAUGUGACAGACAGCUGUGUAGUACAAACCAACAGUGACACACAGUGCUUAAAUAAGUCUGACAGAACAGAUGGAAAGACAUCUCUUCAGAUUGGUGCGAAAACGCCCGUCACAGCCAGUGUAUUGUCUGAGGAGGAACAAACUCAUUGCUUGGAGAUAGGAAGCAACACACGUCACAGCGAGAGUAAUUUAUCUGUAGGCAAAAAGUCUGCUGAACUCCAUUCCCCGUUACAGGAAAGAUUAAGUCCAAAGAACAGAACCGAUGAUUUAAAGUGUGACAGUUGCAGCAGAUCAGAGGGAUCAGAGGGAGAAAUAUUGACACGGGAACAUAUUGAAGUCGAGGAAGAAAGAGCCAGCCCGCCAGUCUCUCCUGUAUCAGUUUCAGAACACUGUGCAUCGGAAAAUAAGUGGUCUCAAGAGAAGCAUUCUGCUUGGGGAGCUUUCUCAGGCCAUCAUCCUCAAGGGGACCCAGAAUCACAGAGCCCCAUCAGAGAAAGCCACGAGGAGAAGGAGGAGGACAGUUUGAGCAGCAGCAGUAGUGACCUCACAGUUUCUGUAAGUGAAGACGAUUUGAUUUUAAAGAGUCCGGAACCACCGCCAAAUCCCGGUGACCAGAUGGAGGGAGAGGACGGAAUAGAGGCCUUAAAACUAAUCCACGCCGAGCAGGAAGGAGAAGCCCUGUCCUCUGAAGAAGAUGAUUGUGUUUUGCGAACCGUGAGCUCUCCGGGUUCAGAAAAGGAAUCCUCCACAAACUCACCUGCACGAGAAUCUAAACAAGCCUCAGACUCAGGCCUACUGCAGGCACAGUGUCGUGUGGCCGCCUUGAGAGAACGUGCUAAUUCUCCCCAACAAGAGGCAACAGCAUUCUUGAAAAAAGUCCUUACGGAAGAGAGUGCUGAUGGGUCAGCUAUUCACAGUAAUGAAUCAUCUUGCAGCCUGCCAUCUAUUCUGAAUGACAAUCCUGGAAUAAAGGAAGCAAAACCCCCUCUAUGGCUCAACAGUGUUCACACAGGGGAACAAGAAGUUUCAAGUGACUGUGGAGAUGAGAGAAAGGAAGAAAACAUGGCCACAGUGAUCCCAAUCACAGAAACAAAAGUCUACCAGUUGCUGAAGAUGUCUACCCUUCAGGACAGCAGAAAGCGAACUGAAGAUGGAUUUCAGAAGGCAGAAGCUUCUGUGCCACACUUGGCAGGUGUGAACGCCGGCAGCAGCACCCUCGAGACAAAGCCAGCCAACAGAAUGGCUGCGGAGGCCGGGCUGUCGUCCUGUGAAGGAAGUCCUUUGUCAAGGGGUGAAAAGCAGAAGAACCUGAUCACCAACUUGAAGUCCAAUGUCUUUUGGGGUGAGUCGGAUGACAGCAACUCAGAAAUUGAAGCUGCCUUACGCCCUAGAACCUGUGACACGUCCAACGAUGAUUUUGAUGAUUUUUAUGAUUAACACACUGUAACAUCUGUUGGAAAUAAAGUCUUUAGACACACUGAAACCCUGUGUUCAUCUGCGACGUCGAAAGUGAACAUGUGCUUCUAAGUGUUCCCGUCACCGGAUGGGGAAACGUGGGCUCCCAUUGCGACGCAGGAGAAGAUUGAUGGCGUGGAUCUGAGCUAGCAUAUUCAUUUCAGUCAUGUGUCAUCAAGCAGCAGAGUGACAAAUGCAGGGCGCGACCAAAUUCACAGGCUGGUCCU